AUGAAGCGUUCCGGGAGUGUGUACAACUAUAUGAAAUUCUUGGUCGUUGCCGUUGCCUUCCUGGCCUGCGCCAGUGCCGAUGUCUCCCACUUGGGAUCGGGCUACAACUAUCAACCUCCAGCGCCCGCUCCGGUCUACCAGCCAGCUCCCGCUCCGGUUUACCAGCCAGCUCCCGCUCCGGUUUACCAGCCAGCACCCGCUCCGGUCUACCAGCCAGCGCCCGCUCCGGUCUACCAGCCAGCGCCUGCACCUGUCCACUAUGAGGCGCCCGCCCCUGUGAACACCUAUGUGCCACCUGCACCCGCUCCCGCUCCCGUCCGCUAUGAGGCUCCUGCACCAGUCUACCAGCCCGCCCCUGCACCAGUGCACUUCGAGGCCCCCGCACCAGCCCCAGUUCACUUCGAGGCACCCGCACCUGCUCCAGUCAACACCUACAUUCCACCUGCACCAGUGUCGAUCCCAGCUCCGGCGCCAGUCUAUCAGCCCGCACCUGCCCCAAUUCAUUUUGAGGCACCCGCACCAGCUCCAGUCCAGUACUCUGCACCGGCACCCGCUCCAGCGCCCGCUCCAGCACCAGCUCCCAUCCGUAUUGAGGCUCCAGCUCCAGCUCCCAUCAGAGUUGCUCCUGCUCCGGCCCCAGUCAACCAAUACAUCCCACCAGCUGCUCCAGCACCCGCCCCAGCUCCUAUCAGGGUUGCUCCUGCUCCAGCCCCAGUCAACCAAUACAUCCCACCAGCUGCUCCCGCUCCAGCUCCAAUCAGGUCAGCUCCCGCCCCAGUUCUGGCUCCCCAGCCCGCUCUGGAGGAAAUCGAGCCCAUCUCUGCCGAUGGUUACCGCUACAAGACCGUGCGCCGUGUGAUCCGUCGCCGUCGUUAAGCAGUGAACGACCCGAUCCCUAAAUUUUAGGCGAAGACAAGAAGUUGAUUCAAUAAAAAGAUAUUAAGUUUCUACAAAA